AUGGCAGAUAAAAGAAGUUCCUCGAGAUCUGCUAAGAAACGCAGGCGCGAUGAUUCUCCCCUUGAUGACCUGAAGUAUCCGGAGGACCAUAACAGUCGAGUGACGAUUAAGGUCCACCGGAAAGCGCCAGAACCCACUGCCAUUAUUGACACUACGCCGGCUGCAUUCCAACAUAUUUCUCGUCUUCUCGAAUGCCUGCAUGAGCGGUUCUUCGGCUUCCUAUCUGCUCAAGCACAAUAUCUUCGAUUCAAGUUCAGCCAGGGAUUGAAGAAUGACGGUUUCGGUCCCGUGCUCUUCAAUUUUGACGGCGAAUACUCCAUCGUCGCAGAUCCUGCUGGAGGACCUGUUGAUUCCACCGUCAAGAACGUGAUGAGUCAGAUCGAGACAACGAUCGGGGUCAAGUUCAGGGAAGCUAGUGUCUAUACGUGCCCAGAUCACUCAAUCGUCACCAGAUUCGGUUGUUUGCACGAGAUACAGGUCGAAGUCCCCCAUAUUCUGACGAGCCCCACAAUGGAGCCCUCCGUACCAAACGCUACAGGUGGGCUUCUGGUCAGGAGAAUGGCAGGCGAAAUGGAAGUCCAUAUUGCCUGGGACAGGCGACAUAAAUACUUCCCUGGCCAGAAGAUCGCUCUCCACUUCAAGUUGCUGGGCUGA